CUUUGAACCUUCUAUCCUGAACUAGCUUCACACACUCACCUAGUGGAACCACGUGCCUCAUUCUUUUUCUUCCAAGUGGUACAUCUCCACAGGCACAUAGUCACAAAGCAUUGUUGGCACAGUUAGUCAAAGAUAAUCUACCAAAAACUGGAGGCUGUUGUGCGUUAUAUUGAGAAUAAAUAAAGUUAUAUUUAAUUGUAUCUUAUUUCGCUUUCAUCCAUCCGUAACGUGAGAUAUUUUAACCAAAAUGACACGAAGAGGCAAGCAUCUGACCGUACAUCUGACUGGUGGUGGACCAUGGGGUUUUCGACUUAAAGGAGGGGCAGGAACUUCUGAGCCCCUCACUGUGUAUAAGAUACGAAGAAAUAGCAAGGCACACACGGUACUAUUUGAGGGGGACGUCAUAAUUACCAUUAAUGGACUAUCGUGUGAUAGAGUCGAUCUCGACAAAGCUAUGGAUAUCAUUGACGGUGAAAGAGACACUCUCAUUAUUCAACUUCUCAGGCAACAACAAGAGGAGAAUGUAGCACCGUGUAACAUGGUUAUAGAAUCGACACCUAGCUACAAAACAGUAACCAGACAAGAAUACAGUACACAGUAUCAUAAAAAGACAAUCAAAGAGAGCGGUGAUUCAGUGCCAGUGGAACAACAAUUUACAGUCCAGCAAAACUCACCUCUAGCCUUACAUACGUUUAAAGGCUCGAAGCUAGAUACCACAUUAAAGGAAGUAGAAAGUAAACCAGCUACGACCGACGUUUCCUCUGUCGGACUGAAGGACAGUGUCAUUCGUAAUUUUAAUCAAGAAGUGACAUGCGAUGACCAAAAAUAUGUAAAGAAAACCACGGAGACAGUGUUCGAAAAACAAGGCCAUACCGAAACAAGUAAACAAAGUACGAAGGAACACUCAUUUGUAAAAAAUGGCGAUUUACAUCAUCUUAAAUUUGAUGAUGUGCAAAGUAAAAUUAAGCCUGGUGUAUUGCUUAGCAAAGAAAUUGACUUUCCAAUGCAGCGCACUAUCUCUCCAAUAACUUCUGAGCAACCGACAACAGUUGAAAACACGUCUAAGACUGAAAUUCUUAGUGAAGAAUCCACAGGAUCUUCGAAGUUGUUUAAGGUGAAGAAAUACGAAUCGACAAUGUCAACGGUAAAAAGUUCUUUUUGGGACCCGUUAGCUUCAAGUGCUCUAUCAGCUCCAAAAGGUGGUGUACCAAUCUUUAAGAUGGAUAAACCACAGACCAUUGUUAGCACCUUUCCAUCGUGUACAGUGCCGGUAGAAAGGGAAGAAAAGGUUCAACCUGCCACUGAUACAAGAAAAACUGUCUUUACCGAUCACAAGCCCCUUUCGACUGACCAGGGCACAGGUCACGCCUACGAGGCAACGCCAGACGCUGGGAUUGACAGUUACGCCACUUUUCCCAGGAAAAAGAAAAUGUAUUCGUCUUCGGCAUUCUACGAAGGUUCAAGUACUAAAUACCCAACUGUCGAGGAGCAAGUCGAACUCUGCCGAAAAAUAGCCGACUCUCUUUCAGCUGACACGAGCAGGAAAUCACAUGGGGCCAGUAUGUUUAAUCGACAAGUCGAAAAAUCUAAUAAAUGGGUACAUAAAGAUCAAGAGACAGAUACUGGACCCUGUAAGCAAGAAAUAUUCAAAGAGGUGAAACUUACAGAACAAGUAAAAGCUGAACCUCCUAGACCUGAACCAGACAGUAGUAAAGAAGAUGACACAUCUCCAAAAUUAAAGCUGAUCCUCGACCCCAGACAUCUACAAGAUGCUAGUCAAUUACGAAAGGAAGGACAAAAUAUUAGCGAACAUAACGUAGUUAGUCCAGAAGUUUGUCUAGACCUGGUCAAGGAUCUAAAAUCUCCUGCUGGAAAAGGAGCUGUAAUGUUUGCUAAACGUAAGCAAAAUUCUGAAAACUGGAUUGUUGAUGAAGACAAAGUCAAAGCUCACCAUCCGCCACAGAAGCCUCUUAACCCUCUGUCCACAGAAGUGACAAAAACUGGCCCUCAAGCAACAAGGCUCCAGGAAAUGAUGCAACAUCCACGUCUGAAGAUCGUCAAGAGUCCGUGGGAGGCUGCGCUGGAGUCUCCUAUAGGAAGCUGUGAUGGUGCGUUUCAGGAAGUCCAGCCUGAGUUUAAACCAGAACCAUUGGCUUCUAGUAAUCUCCAAGCAGGAAGAAUUAAAGCUCAAUCUCCCCCUGCAACCACACCAAAAGACAGUUUCGUUUCCCCCUCCAGCACUACUGUUACUUCUCUGGCUCCUGUAGUGGGCAGCCGUUUCCUACCAUCUACGAACUAUGGUCUCUAUCGACCCAGUGCUCCUAAAGGUUGGGGUGGACGGACUAAAGUAAGUACAACUCCUACAACUCAACAACCUCUCGUUCCUGAACCAGCAGCAUCAACUCUUUCGGAUAAAAUCUCACCAUCAACCUCACAGAAAAUGUCUUUCCGUAACUUCAAUAGCACUCCGAAAACUUGGUCAGCAGCAAAGACAACGCCAGAGCAAUUCACAUAUAAACCAAUUAAAGUCAAUUUAGGAUUUAUUAAGUGAAAAUCGGCCUCCUUCCUCGGAACUCAGUCUUCUUUAUCUGUAGUCACUUGUUUACUAGCACUGGAUUAUUAAUUAGUAAUACGGAUGAUAUUACAUCACAAUACCAUUGAUAAUAAUUUUAUUUACGUUAUGUUUUACAGACCCAUUAUGUAGGAAAAUCUAACAUGUAAAUUAGGGGUAGAGGAUGAAACAACUCUUGCUUAGCUCAGUGCGGAAAAUUACGUGACAAAAACAUAUUUUUUAUAGAAUUCCCUUACUGCAACCAAAAUGUACUCCUCCCAUCUCAUGAAUUGGGUGUUUAUGUCAAUAUUUUGAGUAAAAAAAAUGGAGUGUAUGAUAGCAUUUCAACUAUACUUUAUCAAAAUGCUAUUACAUACUCUCCUCACUAUAAAACCGUACUGAGCCAGUACAGGAUGAUGGGAUUAAAACUAUUAUAAUUAUUAUUGCUAUGUAAUAUCGCAUCAAUUACCCAUUAAGGUAUCACGAUCUUCUCGGUUAAUUAUUAUACACUGCUUUACUGAAUUAUUUUGUAGUUAAAGAAAAUAUAUUUAAGUAUUUCUCAGUAUCGUGGCAUACUUAUUUCAAAAUAUUUAAACAGUAGCCCUAGUUAAAAAUGGCUAAAAAUGUUUUCAAGUGGGCCACCUCUAGUGAAUUUAAGUAAAUAUAGCUUUCUAAACGUGUGUUUGAUCAUUAAUCUUCUUUCAUAACGUCCAAUAUCAACUAUAUUGAUUAAUUUAAGUUGCUCCUUUUCUCACAUUUUGCUUUGUGAUUUAAUUUAAAAAUGUGAGUUCAAAAAUGUUCAGUCCCAUUAACUGCUGAUUUUUGUAUAAUGGUGUUCCUACGUUGUGCUUUAUCUGCUUAUUCUGUGAAAUAUUUGAGUACAUCCAAGAUCAUAAUAAAAUCUGUCUAUGCUUUAUAAUCUUGGAUGUACUCAAAUAUUUGCACCAUCACCGUGGACAGGAUGUUGCAGAUGUUAUUUGAAACAUUAAUUUAAAUUAACGUUCUUUACCUACCCGCCUAAAUCCUAUCGAACUUUACAUCAUUGUUUUAAAAAUACACCGUUUAACUACAUUUUAAUAAUUUGUCUGGCGAUGUUAAAGAAACUUAAAAGUAAUUUCCUAAAAUGAUGACGAUGAUCAAUAUUUUUCUAGUUUCAAAAUUCUACAUGAACAACUGUGAUUCGUUUAUUUAUGUGUAUAGGUGAAAAGUUUGUCAUCAGAAAGUUUAAAGGUACUAACAACACAUUAGAAAACAUAUUUCAAAUAAUCAUUUUUAGUUAUUACAGACAUAUUUAAUAAGAAACGGCAUCGUAUAUUGACCUUCAGAUUGUAAAAUGCACUUAAAAUAAGCAUGUAAAAUAAGUAGUAAUUUAACAAUGCUAUUUUUUUGUUCUUCUUUAUAACUCUAUCUUUCGUUAACACUCGAAUGUUUAUGUUUUUGCUUUCAGAGAAUAAGUUUCAUUCAAGAAAAUAUUAGGAAUUACUAGACCGAUAUAUAUCAGCUUUUAGAGGAUAUUACGUUUUGAAAACAGUUUAUGUUCUUAAAGCUUUUGCUUAGGUGAUGUUAUAUUUUAACUUUAAUGCUUGAGAGAGAGAGAAAGAAUAAAACACAAUUGAUGACUGUAUUGUAUUUCUAUUAUUGGAAUAAACAAGUAUAGAUGCCUUAAAACGUAUUAGUAAUUUUUUGAGCCACUUUUAUAAAGAAGAAUUUAGACAUGCCUACCGAUCUUAAGCCUGAAUGUAACUGUUAAUCUUAAUACAUACGUAAAUAUUAUUUGUAGGAUAAAACUUGAUAUAUCUCUACAUUCGACUUAACCAUUGCUUGCUUGUUUCAAGUCAUGAUUAUCAUCUAACGAAUCAAUUUUAGAAAACGAACACAAACUUUACCAUAUUCUGACUCAGUAUGCUUCUGACUAACAUAUUUUCCACAGUAUUCUCAUUAAUUGUUUAAUUUUUUACACGUUAUAUAUAUAUUCUAGAAUGAGAUCCCCAAAAGAACUCUUCUUUCAAGAUUCGCCCAGUACCCUUUAAGGCAAAAAGAGAUUAAAAUGAUUUUACUUUACUUAGUCUAUCAAUCCCAUAUGUGCGGUAAACAAAGUUGCUACAUUGUCAGUUUACAGUAGUGGGCUAUAUUCCCAAGUAAAAGCAACCAGAUACAGAUGUUAGCAACGCCAUUCCUGAUACACAUUAUGUUGUCCAAAAAGCUAAUCAAAAUUUGCAUUUAAAAUACACUGAAUACCACUUCAAAAUACCUCACAACCUAAAGUACAACAAGAUGGCUGUGAACAAAAUAUCUUUAGAUUAAGCUGGACAGCGUUGUGACAAUGGGGAUUCCCCUAAUUAUGUGCACAAGCUAAAUGCUCACAUUAGCAUUAUAAUAGAAGCAUCUUGUGGUCAAGAAGUCCUGAAUAUUAUACUAUAGUACGUGUCAUUGUGAACUGUGUGUAUCAUCCUGGAUGAAAGCUGUCUUGUUGAUCUAGAAUUAAUGUGUCUGUAAAGAGGUACGUACGAUGGGCUACAAGAAGAUACAUUAUUGCCGAGUAACGUGUUGCAAAUGUGUUAGACCAUGUUUGACU